AUGGAGGAUCGGGGGGGCGGCUGGGAAGAGCAGCAGAAGCCGUACGAGGAAGGCGGCGAGCAAGGCGAGAGGAGGGCUGCGGCAACCUCAGAAGACGCAAAGGCAACAGCUGCCGCCGCCGCCGCCGCCGCCGUUGGCGAGACGCAGCCCGAAAGCGACGAAAAGGCGGCGGAGCAGGAGGUGGAAGCGGCGGUGGAGGUGGAUUCGGAUUGGAACUUCAUCGACAUGGAGACGGUCUCGCUGCACGACCUGCCCCAUGCCCUGAUCGCCUGUAACCUGCCGUUGGCCGUCUUCUUCGCCGAUGGUCCCUGCAGGGCCAGAUUUGAAGCUCUGUUUAAAACAUAUGACAAAGAUGUCACCUUUCAUUAUUUCAAGAGUUUUAAAAGAAUAAGGCUGAACUUCAGCAAUCCUUUAUCAGCAGCUGAGGUUAAAAUUCAGUUGCACAAGACAGAAUUUCUUGGAAAGGAAAUUAAACUAUAUUUUGCUCAGAGAUUGUAUAUUGGAAAUACGCACUUAGCACCGCCUGAUCCAGAGAAACAAUUCCUGAUUUCUCCUCCAUCUUCUCCUCCUGUUGGUUGGGAACAAGCAGAUGAUGCUAAACCUGCUAUUAAUUAUGAUCUUUUAUAUGCAAUUUCCAAAUUAGGACCAGGGGCUCAGUAUGAACUUCAUGCUGCAACUGAAACUACUCCUAGCGUGGUGGUCCAUAUAUGUGAAAGUAAUGAGGAACUUGAGUCCGCCGAAACAAUGGAAGAAGUCAAGAAACCAAAGCCAAAAAUUAUUAAAACUAGGCGGCCAGACUAUUCUCCAACUUAUCAAAGCUGAACUAUAUAAAGUUCUCAAUUCCAAACUGACAUGCUCAAGGAGACUUUGAAGAGAUAGCAAGCCACACUUUGAUGACGCUAGAGGUGGAAGCAGCAAUUGUUAUGUAAAGAUCCUUUUCAGAAAGAGAAGUUAUCAUUUGCUAGUUGAAUGGCUCAUGAGACAGAUUCCACUAUGAACUUUCUGAAUGGUUGUCUUGGAGAAUAAUCAAACUGGGGCAUUGGGAGCAGAAAUAUGUUCUUUGUAUUUAGGGAAUUACUCAGAUAGUCCAGAUAUCUGAAAUCUAGCACGAUGCCUUCCCUAUUAAUGUAUUCAUUCUGUGAUAAAUUCCUCUAAUUCAUGAGACAAUUAUAUUGUAUUUCUAAAAUACAGUCACUAGUGAGCACAUUGGAAUCAAUGAGUCAUAUAAAUAAGAGUGUUAGGAAUUUCAGCUGGGGUAAAGCAUCUGGAAAUACAGCAAAACGUUUUAAACAUGAAGUAACAAAUUGUUAGUCAUUUUCCAUAUUGGAUUUUUGUGCAUGCAUAUAGAUCUAAAAAAGUAAACCUGUGCAACUUGAUCUGUACUUUUAAUUUAUGUUUAAAAAUAUCUAAAAUAUUCAGUUUUCUUUCUGAAUGGUUUGCUUUUUUAGGAGGGACAGACUUUCAGUAUAACACCCUUAAGCGUAGUGAAAUAAUGUUUCUUAAUGUUAAUUGCUGAUGUAUGGUUUUGUAAAAAAAAUGUAUAAAAUAUCUGUGCAUUCUUUCAAUGGAUGAAUUACUUUAAAUUAUUCUAAAAACAAUUAUUUAUAUUGGUUUAAAACUACCUUGACUGCUUUAUUGACCAGAAGUAAAAGGAACUGCAAAUACUGUUACAGUUUUCUCAACAGUUGAGAGGAUAUAAGCUUGUAUUGUCCUAGUCACAAAUGUAUACUUUUAUAACUGUUGCUGUUAAGUAUUGUUAAAGUUGUCUGAGUAUAUUUACCUUGUUAAGAAACAUGAAUUCUGGCAUUUGAGAAGAUCUAGUGCCUUUUUUCUCCUCAUGAAUUUCAAGAGAGAUUGUUGCAACAGUAACUGAUAGAACUAUAUUCCGCUUAAAUGUCAUCAACUAAACCAGAGAUUUUCAAUCUUUCUUGACUCACAGGGCCAUUAGCGUUUCAGUAAUUUUUUCAUGGCAGUUCUUGACCAAAGGAAAUGUUUUGACAAUUUUAUUUAUUAAAUAGAUAGGUUCAAACAGGAAGAUUUUGUGUCCUAACAAUGUAAUA